ACCCACCACCACUACCUGCAACCUAGUAGGUCCUGAGUGGGUCUCAUCCAGGCGGUACUCCGAGCGCCUGCGCCCCACCCACAGCGCGCCCAGCCCCCGCCCCGCGGAACUCUGCGACGCAGACUUGUUUCCCUGGGAGCGCAUUCGGCGUGGGACCCCAGUCCUUCUAGGUCCCAGCGGCAGCGCAUGGCGGCUCCAGGACAUCCUGCUCGGGAGACAGCGGCAGCCCCAGGCCCAGGGCGCCCUACGUGCCGUGACUCUGCCUCGAGGACCAAGAAGCAAAAGAAGAAAACCCGGGAUGGGUCGUCUGUUGCCAAUGGAAGCGGGAAGACCCCAGAAAAACAGGCCCCCGAGGAAGCCCCCCUAAGCGCAGAGGCCCAGGCUGAGCAGCUGGCUCGGGAACUGGCCUGGUGCGUGGAAAAGCUGGAGCUGGGACUGAAGAUGCAGAGACCCACCCCUAAGCAGAAAGAACAAGCUCUUGGAGCAAUCCGAACCUUGCGCAGCCAGAGAACCCCCCUGCCCCGGAAGAGGCAGCUGAUGCGCUCUUUGUUUGGGGACUACAGGGCUCAGAUAGAAGCCGAGUGGCGCGAGGCCCUGCAGGCUCUCAGGACUGCUGCCCACUCAGCCCAGGUGCAGCCUGUAGGUGAGGCUGCCAGAAAAAAAAGCCGAAGGGUCUGCAGACCUCGUCCAGAAGGAAGGUCCAAGGGCACCUCGGAUACUCAUGAUGAAGAGUUUAGGUUUAAUUUCUUUUAGCCUCUUCCCUAGAGUGGCCACCUCUGCAGUGGGGCAGGGUUUCUCUGGAGUGCAGCACUUUUCCAGGAAUGCUGUAGGGCAGAUGGGAGACCUGCAUGUUGGGUGCUGACAAGCCCAGGACCCCAUUUGUAGGUUUUCAGCUGAGAUGUCCCUCCUGCCAGGAUAGGGAGGUUCCUUUAGAUGGUUCUACAGUAGACUGAAGUGAGUGUUCACACUGUGUUGUAAAACAGCUGUCCCCAGCCUUUUUGACACCAGGGACAGAUUUCAUGGAAAACAGUUUUUCCACAGAGAGGGUGGGAGAUGAAACUCAGGUUGUAAUGCAAGCAAUGGGGAGUGGAUAUAAAUACAGAUGAAUCUUUCCUUGUUCGCUGUCUUUUCAUCUCCUGCUGUGUGGCCUGGUUCCUAACAGGCCAUAGACCAGUACUGGCCCAGGGGUUAGGGACCCCUGUUAUAAGACUCUCAACAGUCUCAGGAGCAGACUAAGUAGGUAUUGUUAAUAAGGGUUAGUGGGGAAGCUGUAUAGUUGUACACUGGUGCUCACUUAUGGAAGGAUGUCCUCUCAAGUGGUAUGGCGCUCCAUACCAUUGAGUCCCAUUGCUGUAAUAAAACUUUCUUAAGAAAUGUG